AUGAGAAGAUUGUUUUUGUUCAUAAAUUUGUAUAUCACAGUGGAGUUAUUGAUUUGUAGGGAUGAGUUGGGACAAACAUUGCAAAUUGACAAGUCUGUUCAGAUACCUCAAUACAAUUGUACUCUAAAUAUUAGCAAUGAGAAUUUAAUGAAUAUGACAUCUUUGGGUGGCUAACUUAAAAUAGUAGGAACUCAAUUACUAUUGAAUUAAACAGUAACGUUGAUAGGAUUUAAGCUUGUUGAAUUCCAGAACAUCACAAUAGACACACUAACCGACUCAAUAGACAUCCUGGGCUCAGUUCAGCUCCAGAACGUCAUUCUCUUGAGGAAUUGUCAAAUAAAAAGCACAUAUAUGCAGAUUCACAGGUCUUAAAUGAUAGGGAUGACAUUUUAAAAUAAGGCAGCAUUUUAAGCUCCAAUUAGUGUAGACGGACUUCUGAUUUAAGAUUGUACUUUUUUCAGAAGUUAACUAAGUUUGCAAAUGACUUAAUUAAGAAACGUCAUUAUUGAUUAGGUUAGCUUUAUUAAUUCAACCAUAUCUCCUCUCACUUAUGUAAACACGCUCACUCUCAAUAACUCUUUUGUAGUUUAAAGCAUUUUGAUUGAGACUGAUAUCUCACAGGAAAUCACAAUCACAAAUACCUACUUCACACUCUCAACCGGAAUUCUGGCCAAGGGAGUUCUCUACACUACUAUUUUCAACGUGACUCUAUCUCAAAGUGUUUUGAUACGACUCCAUAAUCAAAACUAAAUCAAGUUGUCUUGCUUGAAUAUUUAGAGAGUAUUAUCUGAUUCAAGGUUGAUUAUGGCAGAAAGUCAAUAUGUCUCCAUAUAUAAUAGUACAAUAUCUGAAUUAGAGAGUAAAGCGUUAUUCUCUAUGAAUAGUCAGAAUUUGUUUCUAUAAUAAGUAACUAUAUCCACUUUAAUUGGUCCAUUAUUGAUUUCAGUAAGCAAUCAAACAAGCGUUGUCCUAAAUUACUUCAAUAUCUCUAAUAGUUCAACUAGAGGCUUAUUUUAAAUGAAUGGAUCCUUGUCAUUAUCAAAAGGCAAUCUCAAUUAACUAUAUGGACUACUCAUUUGCUCAAAAACAAUUACAGAAUUAAAUAUUGAUUAGGUGGAUUUCAAAUAGCUUAAUAAGUCUCUACUUAUUUAUUUAAAAGAAACAUCUAUUGUACAAUUGAACAAUAUUUUGAUUGAAGAUUGUGCCUCAAUUUAGGUUGCUAAGCUCUAUACCGUAAUAAACUUAAUUGUAAGAAAUCUGACAAUCAAGAAUUGCAACGAGUGUAAUUUCUUGACAUUGAAUGCGUCUUCUGCAAAUCUUUCUCACAUUAACGUAUUUGAUAUGAACAACUUUGCUAGUUCAUUAAUCGAGGCAACAGAUUCAGAUAUGAACAUCAAAGGAAUGUAUUUGAACUCAAUCACUCAUAACAAUAAGGAAAUAAUAACGAUUGAAAAUUGCACCAAACUGCUAUUCAAUGAUCUACAAUUUACACAUAUGGAUUGUCCAUUUUGUAAUGGUAUUAUAAGUAUCAGAUAAAGUAACGAGAUUGAAAUAUCAAAGUCUUUGUUCAAGAAUACUCAAACCUUUUCUGGCUUUAUCAAUAUCCAAAAUUCAAAUAAUUUUAUAGCCAACAAUAACACCUUCACUAAUAUUUCAGUUAAUUAAGGAUCUGCAUACUUAUUGUCCAAUGCUGCUGUUCAAAUAUAUGGAAACUAAUUCAUUGAUCUUUUUGCUCCAGAAGGAGGAGUGAUCUACCUCAAUCAAACAUCUGGAUUAUCCCAUUAUAUCGACCAGAAUCUUUACAAUAAUUGUUCAAUGAAGACAAACAAACAUAUCUAUUUAUUGACAAAUCAAAUAGUGGAACCAGAUACUUUGACUUAUAUAACAGGGCCGGUGUAUCUUGAUUUUAAUAAUAAGACAUAUCUAUUUGAUGACCUGAUUAAAAAGAAACAAUAUAUAUACAUACAUAACUAUAAGAGUGGAUAGCUAUUAGAUCUGAAAAUCGCCAUCUAAGACAGUGGAUAGAAUAGAAUAUGUGAAAUUACGAAUUCCCUUACUAUAUCAGAUAAGAUAUUCCAAUUUGACUAAUUGAAAUGCCAUUAUGAAGUGACUUACGUUUACUAUUAAAUAUAACCAAUCAAUGAGACUGUACAAGUACUCCUUGAAUUUCAAUCGCUCAAGUUCUACAAUGAUACUUUUAGAUUGCCAAUAUUUUUGAACCUCGUUAUUUGUGAUAUAGGAGAAGAGUGGGAAAAUAAAUCAUGUCUUAGAUGUCCAACUGGAUCAUAUAGUUUUGACAAUUUCACUCCUUGUAGAUAAUGUACUACCUCGAUAGAGACAUGUCCUGGAGGAUCAGAAUUGAUUUUGAAACAAGGAUUUUGGAGAGCCAAUAAAACUACUGAUAGUAUUGAAUAUUGUCAAUCAUCAGAGGCAUAAUGUUUAGGUGGAUCUGAUGAAUUCACUUGUAGUUAAGGAUACACUGGAGCAUUGUGUGAUGAUUGCGAUUAUUAUGCAGAACAUUGGAAUAAUUCAUAUACUCGUGGUUUUGGAGGCAGCUGUACAAUUUGCGAGAAUAAUGCGUUCAACAUUUUCAAGAUAAUUUUCUCUUUUUCUUGGAUCCUCAUUGCCUUGUUCAUAUCCAUUAGAGGGAGUUUAAGAUUGGUUAGAGCAUAACUAUCAGUUCAUUAUCUCAGAAUUAUGGGCAUAUUCUUUGCCACUCGAUCCACCAUGGUGAUUGAUCAAACUGAAAUCCUGAUAAAGCUGUUUUCCAGUUACUUUCAGUUGGUAUCCAUAGUACAAGUCAUUGAUUUUGACUUCCCUACUCCAAUAGAAAUCGUUGCCCAAGCAAUAGGCAACCCCUUGUCCACAUUGGGGUACUCAAUAGAGUGUUUCCUAUUGAAUUCUCAUUUGGAAAUCGAGAUUGUGUAUUUGAGACAAUUCUGGAACUUGUUUGUGUCCCUCCUGUUUGUGUUUGCAUUUGUAUUCAUAUAUUUUCUCAUUCAACUGUGCAGAUAACGCCAAAUGGAAAACUCCAUCCAGACAAUUUUCAUCACAAGUCUGAUUCAAGUACAAUUUUAUUUUCAGGGUGACAUAAUUGAAGGUCUCCUGUAAUUGAUGUUCUGCAUUAAGGCCUCAGGACAAUAUUACAUUCAGGCUGCAACAUCGUACAUGUGUUAUACUGAGGAAUACUAUCUGUAUCUAAGAACGCUGAUCAUACCCACUUUGAUUUUGGUUGGGGUAGUGUCGCCUCUGUUUUAUAUCAUAAAACUAUUCAGAAACAAAAACAAAUUAUGGACUUGUCAUUUGCGUAUUCCUUAUGGAUAUUUAUAUGUGGAAUACAAAGACAACUAUUAUUACUGGGAGUUUGUGUGUUUCUUUGUUAAAUCAUUAUUUUAUCUGCUGGAAACUCUUUUGAUCCAAGACAUAAAGCUGAUGUUUUUGUUUGCAAUACUCAUUUUGCUUGUCUAUCUAGAAUUACUGAAUAAGCAUCAACCUUACAUUGAGAAAUAGUACAAUUUUAUCGAUAAGAUAUCAACACAAUUGGCAAUGAUAACUCUAAUCUUGUCAUAUAGUUAAGACAACAAUCCAUACAUUUCAUUAGUGUACAUUUUGUCAAUCCUGUGUUCUGUACUUAAUCUAUUGUUUUGUACUUACAUAUUCUCCAAGAUCACAAGAGAAUACAUUUCCAGUCUAAAGUAGCAGCAUAUCGAGAAAAUUGUAAAUCUUAUAAUUCGUUACCCAUGCUUCAAAUAUUGUAUCAAAUAGCCCAAGAAUUUCCAUAAUAAAAGAAAGGCUUGUUUGCUUUGGAAGAAGGUCAGAGUGUACGUGAUGGAGUUCAUAGAGAAACUGAAAUUUCAGAAAUCCAACAAUAACCUUAAUUAAGAUUACUAAUUGUAAUCAAGCACACAGCGACCAAAUACUUCAUCAACCAAUACUUCUAUCAGUCUGCUCAAUUCAAUGGCACCCUAAUUGUUAAAAUACAUGUAAGAAUCGAUUAAUAUCUUAGUAAACACAAUAAGAAUAAUUGCCGAGUGUCUCCAGAGAUAGAAAGUCGGUUGUCUAAAAAGAACUUGGAUUCAAAUGACUUCAACAGUGUUGUUUCAGCAUAUAUAAAUCCCGAUCACAGGCUUGAGGUUGAACCACCUGAACUUCCGAAAAAGAGUACUGUAUCUACCAUCUUCUCUUAUGUAGUUAACGGGUAGAGCCAAUUGUGAAU